UCUGCUAAACACGAGCUUCCUCUCAAUCCCCGCGUUAACACUUAAAACAGUCUCAACCGCUCACAUUCGCUCCCGGCUUCUCCUCUCUCUCACUCAUUUGCUCACAGAAGUAGUAAGCUUUUUAACAGAGAAGCAGAUAAUAGCACAGAAAACAAGAUUCAAAAAAACCCAAAAUGGGGUCUCUUUCACCACCAUAUUUGGACUUCUCUCAUAACUCAACAAAGCAAGAUUCAUCAAUAAACCCAACAAAACUUCUCGAUCUCUUCAAAGCCCAACAAAAUUAUCUCAAUCACUUCUUUCAAAAUCUUGAUCUUUCCCAAACUUUAACAUUCACCCAAACUCUCCUUAAUGCCAAAGGUACAAUCUUUUUCACCGGUGUGGGAAAAUCUGGAUUUGUCGCCCAAAAAAUCUCACAGACUCUUGUUUCUCUGGGUAUCAAAUCUGGGUUUUUAUCCCCUGUGGAUGCGCUCCACGGAGACAUUGGCAUUUUAGAUCCUCAAGAUAUUUUGGUUAUGUUUAGCAAGAGUGGGAAUACAGAAGAAUUGUUAAAGCUUGUGCCUUGUGCAAAGGCUAAAAGGGUCUUUUUAAUCUCGGUUACUUCUGUAAAGCCUAAUUGUUUGAUGGGGUUGUGUGAUCUGAAUGUGCAUUUGCCUUUAGAGAGGGAAUUAUGCCCUUUUGAUUUGGCACCUGUGACGUCUACUGCUAUUCAAAUGGUAUUUGGUGAUACGGUUGCGAUUGCAUUAAUGGGGGCAAGGAAUUUGAGCAAAGAAGAGUAUGCUGCGAAUCAUCCUGCUGGUAGGAUCGGGAAAAGCUUGAUCUUUAAGGUGAGAGAUGUGAUGAAGAAGAAAGAAGAACUUCCAAUUUGCAAGGAAGGAGAUCUUAUUAUGGAUCAACUAGUAGAGUUGACAAGCAAAGGAUGCGGUUGCCUCCUUGUUAUUGAUGAGGAGUUUCAUCUGCUAGGCACAUUCACUGAUGGUGAUUUACGUCGGACAUUGAAAGCCAGCGGGGAAGGAAUCUUUAAGCUUACAGUAGGAGAAAUGUGUAACAGGAAACCAAGGACAAUUGAUCCUGAUGCUAUGGCAGUUGAUGCGAUGCAGAAGAUGGAGUCUCCGCCAUCUCCAGUCCAAUUCUUGCCAGUUAUUGAUCAGGAUAAUGUUUUGAUUGGUAUUGUUACAUUACAUGGACUGGUCUCAGCAGGCUUGUGAAGUUCUUGCCAUAAUUACCUACUCUUUCCAUCACUAGUUGUGUCAUUAAUUCUUUUUGUAUAUUGUUGGGUUUCUUGCCCUUACUCUUGAGUUGAUAUUCUUUACUCCUGUAACAAUGAUGAAUAUUAGUAGUAAAAUAUUAUAGUCGUGUUAUUAGACUUAUAGAUUGGGCUUAGAGUUAGACCUCUUCUGGCUCUCCAUUCUUCUACUGUUGUGUCUCUCAUUUGAACCUGUUGCAACGAGAGAGCACGUGAUAGCAAUGAUAUGAUUUUUCUUUAGAUCUAUGCGGAAAUUGAGUUGAAAAUAUGGUUUUGAUUGAA